AUGGCUCCAACACCGCCAUCGCCAUCUUUCUCUCCCCCCUCACAACCCCACCCUCAUCCCCAUCUUCGACUUGCUCGACUCCGCAGACCAAGAAAUGCAAACCCGUACGAUGCUGCGCAUCGUGUGUCGCAGUCUCCCUCGGCAUCAACCUCAGUGACCCCUCUGAUGGACCAGGUUGCUGAAGACCAGAGCGAGGCAGGCUUGGGCGGUGGGCAUUCGGGCCCGGAUGGCGUGGAGGAGGACGAUGACUUAGAUCUCGAUCAACAGGACGACGUGGAUGAGGACGGCCAUGGUGAUGACGAGUUUGGUGAGGAUGGUAAUGAUGGCGACGAGGACGUAGAAGGCGGCAUCGGAGAAGUUCCCAUGGAUAUCGAUCCACCCUUCGAUCCGGCUGCUCUAGGAUUGAAAGAGAUAGGAAACCUAGCGAGUUGGACCGUCAGCAGUAGCAAACCCGGCUGCGGUGUUGAGGCAUUGCGAGACGAAGACACAAAUCUAUUCUGGCAAUCCGAUGGGCCUCAACCCCACCAUCUCAAUAUCCACUUCUCCCGGCUAGUCUCUGUCCGAUGCAUUCGCGUAUACCUCGACUUCCAGGCCGACGAAUCGUACACCCCCACACGCAUUACCAUCCUCGCCGGGACAGGCUACCACGAUCUAAUCCCGUUUUCCUCCCUCGAAUUCGAACGCCCUGUGGGCUGGACCGAUGUUCCGCUGGAGCAUGUGGGGGGCGGUGCAGAUGGAAAAACUCUACGUGCCUUUCUUGUCCAGGUCAGAGUUGUGGAGAAUCAUCAGAAUGGGAAGGAUACCCAUGUUAGGGGGUUGAAAGUUUAUGCUAGGGAUGAGAGAGCGAGGGGUGGGUUAGUGCCUCUUGCUGAUUCUGGGCCGCCGAAGGGGGAUUUGGCGGCGGCGAUAGAGAAAAAGGGGAAUGAGGAGAGGACAUGGCUUGUGGAGCCGGAGUGGAUGGGGGAUCCUGAGUUGCGAUGA